AUGAAGCCCUCCGAUCAAGCACCUCUGUUCCGUCGUUCAUCCUCGACCACUCACUACCAGACGUUUGGUGGUAUAACUCCGCCGAAAUCACGAGGCCGGCCGCUCUCCGACUCGUCCAACUCGUCCAGCCAUGACCUCCGCAAUGCGGAAAGGCACCACCAGAGCUCGCCCUUACCCAAGAAGCAGAUGGCAAUCCUGGCGGUAAUAGCUCUGUGUGAGCAGACCGCACUCAACUCCAUCAGCCCCUACCUGCCCGAGAUGGCCUCCACCUUUCCCGAAGUGAAACCUGGACAAGUCGGCGUCUAUGUGGGCGUCAUAGCAUCAGCCUUUGCUCUUGCGCAGCUGACCACCAAUUUUUUCUGGGGCUGGCUAUCGGAUCGGAUAGGGAGAAAGCCUGUGAUAUUGUUGGGAACCCUGUUCACUGCCGCCUGCUUCGUCGCGUUCGGCUUUGUCAAAACACUAGGCCAGGCGAUAGUGGUACAGGCUUUGAUGGGCCUGUUGAAUGGGAAUCAAGGAGUCGUCGCCACCUGCCUAGGGGAGAUCACAGAUCGCAGCAACCAGUCCCAGGCGUUCACCUAUCUACCAGUCAUCUACGGGCUCGGGGGGAUUACUGGCCCCGUGAUCGGCGGCAUACUCGUGUAUCCCAGAAACCCCUUCGACAAGUCACAGCCCAAUCCCUACCCCUUCCUUAUACCUAAUCUUCUCUCAGCCGCCAUCUUAUGUGUCGACCUCGUUCUCACGUUGAUUUUUCUCGAGGAGAGCUUGGAAGAGGCUCCGUAUCUUGGCCCCAUUACUUCUCGGGUCAAGAUUCUCUUUACAUGGUUGUGGGAGUUCACGGCCUCAACCAGGCCGCAUUAUCUGAGGAGGCGUAAAGGGAAGGCACAACGGAGACACAGCAAUGGGCUUGCUGAGGUUUCGGAUGACGAGGACAAUGAUGGCUCGGAUCGACCGGCCUUGUUCACUGCGACCGACGAACUGAAGAGAAGUGACGUGCUCAACCGAGAUACCAUCCUUCUUCUUCUAACCUAUCUCAUCUUCCAGUUGGCCAAUGUCUCCUUCAACUCCCUCUUUCCCAUCUUCGCGCAAGCUCCGACACCGACUGGGCGGGGUCUGGAUCCAGAAGAGAUAGGGCUCUCGCUUGGAUUUGCCGGAGUGGUGACCAUCUUGUUCCAAGUUGGCGUCUUCGGGAAAUUCCGAGACAAGAUGGGCAACAGAUGGACAUACCGGGCGGGACUGGCCGGCUUUGUGAUAGCUUACUUUCUAAUGCCCUGGGUCGGGUAUAAGGACAAAGGCCCUGGUCAAGGAGGCUUGUCGUUCGGCGCGGCAUGGUUAUGGGUUGAGAUCUGUGUCGUGCUUCUCAUCAAGACUGUGGCGGCGGUCGGAGGCCUCACAAGCGCUCUGCUAUUGAUUACCAAUUCGGCUCCCAAUCACUCGGUGCUUGGAACGCUCAAUGGUCUAGCCCAGACGCUCUCGGCAGCGGGUCGGGCUGUUGGCCCAUUUGUGUCAGGGGGCAUCUUCUCUCUUGCUACCAAGGUGCAGCCCAAAGGCGAGGCUUUGGCGUUUGGCACCUUUGGUGGAGUGGCAUUUGUGGGCUUUCUGCUGAGCUUUGGAAUCAGGUCGCCUAGGUUAGAGGCGGAAGGCUGGCACUCUGAAGAUGAAGAAGACGACGUUGACGUUGAUGAUGACGAUGAUGGGUCUGACAAAUCUGCGGAUGAAGAAAACUGA